CAGGAGCCCUCGCGCGCGGCUGACCUGCAGGUCGCCCUGCUGUGGUUCAGCGCCAACGUGUCGGUCAACAACCUCGCCGUCGGCCUCUUCGGGCCCCUCGUCUUCGACCUCGGCUUCCUCGAUUCCGCCAUGUGCGCCGUCUUCGGUGCCCUGCUCGGGAGCUGCUCCACGGCGUAUAUGAGCAUAUGGGGUCCGCAGAGUGGGAACCGGACCAUGGUCGUGUGCCGGUUUUUCAUGGGCUACUGGCCCUCCAAGAUCCCUUGCUUCCUGAACAUCGUGCUCAUGGUCGGCUACUGCACCAUCGACUGCAUCAUCGGCGGCCAGAUGCUCUCCGCCGUGAGCGGGGGCAGCCUGUCCAUCGUCGUCGGCAUUGUCGUUGUUGCUCUGGUGAGCUGGGUGGUUGCCGUGUUUGGCAUGGGACUGUUCCACCACUACGAGAGAUACGCCUGGCUACCGCAGAUCCUCGUCCUCUUCGUGCUCAUCGGCUCCGCGGGCCCCUUCUUCGACGCAACAACUCAGUCGGGCGGAAACAGCGCCACGGUGGCUGCGAAUCGGCUCUCGUUCCUGAGCCUAUGCCUCUACGUGCCCAACUCAUGGGCAGCAGCGGCAUCAGACUUCUACGUCUACUACCCAGAACGCACAUCCCGGAUCAAGAUCUUCCUCCUCACCCUCGUCGGCCUCUGGCUCUCCUUCUCGCUAGUCUACCUCCUCGGCAUCGGCCUCGCCACCGGCAUCCCCACCCACGCGGCCUGGUCGUCCGCCAACGACAUCUCCACGGGCGCCCUCGUCGUCGCGGGCUUCGGCCCGCUGCGCGGCUUCGGCCGCUUCUGCUCCGUCAUCGUGGCGCUCGGCGUCAUUGCAAACAGCAUCCCGGGGACGUACUCGGCCGCCCUCGGUUGCCAGGUUAUGGGAAGGUACCCAAAGGUCGUGCCGAGGUGGGUGUGGUCGUGCGUGCUGAUCGCCAUCGAGCUCGUGCUCGCGCUUGCCGGGAGAGAGCACCUGUUUGUCAUCUUCCAGAACUUCCUCGCGCUUAUGGGCUACUGGAUCGAGUUCAUGAUCUGUAUCGUUGUGCAGGAACAUCUCAUCUUCCGCCGCGCGGGGGGGCCCAGGGGAGUCAUCGAUUGGACUAGGUGGGAGGACAAGUCGUACCUCCCCAUUGGCUGGGCUGCGCUGGCGGCGUUCCUGCUCGGCUGGCUUGGUGCUGUGCUUGGUAUGUACCAGAUUUGGUACGUCGGCCCGCUGGCCGAGCUGGCUGGCUUGUCUGAUGUUGGCGUCUGGGUGGGCUGCGGGUUUGCCUUGGUUUCGUUCCCGCCGCUGAGGUAUAUUGAGUUGAGGAUGAUCGGCCGGUAGCUGAUUAAAAUGUCAUCUAUCUCACGGGGAUAUGAAUGAACAAGCUGUGGAAGACAUGCGCAAGCGUCUUGUCGAACUUCAGGAUACAACAGCGUUAUAUGGACAAAUCCAAAUAGC